AUGAAGGCAAAUGAAGGCACAGAUGUGUUUGUGGAUAAUCAAGCAGCAAUAGCUAUCUCAAACAAUCCUGUUUUCCAUGGAAAAACAAAACACUUUAAUAUCAAAUUGUUUUUCCUUAGAGAUGUGCAGAAAGAAGGUUCUGUUGUUCUGAAAUAUUGCAAAACUGAUGACAAUGUUGCAGACAUCUUUACAAAAUCUUUGGAAAAAAGCAAAUUUGAGUUUCUAAGGGAAAAACUUGGACAAUACAAUUCAAUAUUCACUUGCAUAGAACAAUAUCCUUUUUUUCUUGAUUUUUUCCUACCAGUGGCUAGAUAUCUAUCUUCUGUUCUUGCUAAACAAAUUCUGCGCCGGUCUACAAAUAAUGCAUCCUCAAGCUCUCCGGAUGUGCCGAAAGGUUUCUUAGCAGUUUACAUUGGAGAGACAGAGAAGAAGCGAUAUUUGGUUCCAAUAUCGUAUCUAAAUGAGCCUUCAUUUCAAGAUUUGCUAAGUAAAGCAGAAGAGGAAUAUGGUUUUGAUCAUCCAAUGGGCGGCUUGACAAUUCCCUGUAGAGAAGAUACUUUUAUUGAUGUCACUUCUAGCAAGAUACUUUUAUUGAUGUCACUUCUAGCUUGA